UGUUCAACAAAUUAUGAAUGUGAGGCGGUCCAGAGUGAUCUGUAAUAGAGAAGGCGAUGAUGAUUAUGGCGAUCAAGUGUCUGAUGAUGAUGAUGAUGAUGAUUGAUUGAUGGAGAGGAGUGGUUCUGGCCUGGAAACAGAGGCAGCAGCCACAUCUAUAUAUGCCGAGAAUAGCAGACAGCCUCGAGUGAGGUCGGCAUCGUUGUUCAAUAAGCGCUAUGGCAAGCGCAGAACCAUUGGCUGGGUGCUAGACGCAGCCUCAGCCGAGUCACGCCCACCUUCGCCGAAGCCGAGAAAGUGUCAGUCUUGCAUGCUGGAACCCGGCGGCCGGUGCCCGGUGCCCCACUCCGUCGUCCCAUGGGGCUGGUUCAUGCCCCGGGCACGCAAUUGCGGUGCUGGCUCAGCUGUCAGGGUUUCUGCCAUGCAAAGACAUCUCCAGGUUCCCACCCAAAGGGCGCAGGCGUCGAAUUGGUCAGCACUGCUGGCUCGGCAGCUUGACUUCAUAUGUGGUGCACAACAGUCGCCUGAUUACACACCUGGCGGCGUGAAUACCCUUCGCGGCUGGUAGGAAAGCCCCCUCACCAUGGUUGGCCAAGGCGUGGUUGCCUGGCGACCUGGACGAACCUUGAUCGGUGAACAUGGCGG